GUCCACCAUUGUAAAUAAAGUCCCCAGCUGAUCGGCGGACACCGUCCCGAGAAAAGAUGUUCCCUCUGAGGUCCGUCGUGAGGACUGUGCCCAUCCUGAAGAGGGGAAUCGCCACCUCGGCCCCGAAAUUAGGAGGAGGAGCAUGGGCAUAUCGUGUAGCACCCCAGGCUCCUUCUAAAGUAACAGUAUUGAAAGCUGAAGCGGUAGGAACUGUGAUGUGGUGGUGGGUCCUUUAUCAUCUUUUUACGGAGCCUGAACAUAUCACAGGCGAAUUCCCAUAUCCUGAUCCCGCAAAGUGGACAGAUGCAGAGCUCGGUAUUCCUCCUGAUGACGAAGACUAAAAUUCUCUAUUUUCUAGAGUCGUGAUGCUGUCUUUGUAAGUCAUAGGGUAUAUUUUUCUUUAGUCUUUUGUGAAAAUGAAGCAAAGUGAUAUAUUUAUUUACAUAACAACUGUAUUGUUUGCACUUUGCAUUAUUGAAUGUGAUUUCAAUAAAAGUUAACUGUCUGUUCUAGAAUAUUUAGAAUUUUGGGUGUCAGACAUGUGAUGUAAAUAUAUAUAUGUUCAGUUUU